AUGCUACAGUUCGCGACUCUGCGCCCGCUGCCUAGACUCGCUCCCCGCCUCACCUCGCGCCUCAACACUCUACAAUACCCCUCUUCUACACCGAUACGCAAAAUGGCGGGCGCGGCACUCCUUGGAGGUCAUGGCAAGAAGCACAAGGUCACGGUUGUUGGAUCUGGCAAUUGGGGCUCAACCAUUUCCAAGAUCGUCGCCGAAAAUACCAAGCUCUACAGGGACCUCUUCGAGCCUGAAGUCCAGAUGUGGGUGUUUGAGGAAGAUGUCGUGAUUCCCUCUGACAGCAAGCACGCUGCUGCCGCCGGCUCCUCGCCUCAGAAGCUCACCAAAAUCAUCAACCAAUACCACGAAAACGUCAAGUACCUCCCCGGCGUCACCCUCCCCGAUAACCUCAUCGCCAACCCCUCCAUCCUCGACGCCGUCAAGGACUCGACCAUUCUCAUCUUCAACCUCCCCCACCAGUUUAUCCGCAAUGCCUGCAAACAACUCAAGGGCGAGAUCCUGCCGUUUGCCCGCGGCAUCAGCUGCAUCAAGGGCGUCAACGUCUCCGCCGACGGUGUCAGCCUCUUCAGCGAGUGGAUCGGCGAGGACCUCGACAUUUAUGUGGGAGCUCUGAGCGGCGCCAACAUUGCCAACGAGAUUGCCGCCGAGAAGUGGUCCGAAACGACCAUUGCCUACGAUCCCCCGACCAUGGACAAUUCGCGUGCCCCGACCCCGCGCUCGACCAGCCCUAGCAUCGGCACCGUCGACCUCGCCGAGAUUCCUCACAAAGACGCCCGCGGCCGCGCAUCCAAGUCCAAGCUCACUCCCAUCCCCGCCGAGUACCCGCCCCUCGACCACGGAUGCCUGCGCAAGCUAUUCCACCGCCCGUACUUUCACGUCCAAAUGGUCUCUGACGUCGCCGGUGUGUCCCUUGGCGGUGCGCUCAAGAACGUCGUCGCUCUUGCCGCCGGCUUCGUCGAGGGCCGCGGCUGGGGUGACAAUGCCAAGGCUGCCGUCAUGCGCAUCGGCCUCAUGGAGAUGGUGCGCUUCGGCAAGGAGUUCUUUGGCGAGACGGUCCAGACCGGCACUUUUACCGAGACCUCUGCCGGCGUCGCUGAUCUCAUCACCUCGUCCUCCGGCGGACGCAACUUUCGCUGCGCCAAAAAGGCCAUUGAAAAGGGCCUCUCCGUCAGCGAGGUCGAGAAGCAGGAGCUCAAUGGUCAGAAGCUACAGGGUACGCUGACUGCUUUUGAGGUGCACAGCUUCCUGUCUACGCGCGACAGACUCCGCGACUACCCGCUCUUUACCGCCGUCAACGACAUUCUAGUCGGCAAGGCGCAGGUUGACGACAUUCCCUCUCUCGUGUCCAAGCUUGACCACGACGAGCCCCGCCUAUAA